GAUUUGGGCGGUGUAGGGGCUCGUUGCCAUGGCUCCCGGGAAGCUCCGCCGAAGGAGAUAUUGAUGCCGGUCACGGAGGGAGCCUUCUUCCUUUCAGCGCCUUUCCCCGGUUUUGGGAGGCGAAGUGAUUAAUUCGGAGCGCUGGGACCGGGGGAGCUGCUGCCCGCGAACCGCAGCCCCAGCCGGGCGCUUCUCCCUUUCCCCUGCCAACUCCGGGCGCUUCCCGGCCAGCGCCGCGACCCUCCCCGAGGCGGACCCGGCGAGCCCAGAUGCAGUAAAGUGGGAAGAAUGAUCCAGAUUUAAAACUGCAGAUUGUGGCAGGAGUUGAUGAAGGAGCUGAAUUCACUGAUAAGUCCUGAGGCCAAUUCAUGCAACUCUAACUCAACCUAAAGACGGACUGAAGUCCCCUUCAGAAGGUUAUUUAAAGAGUUGCAAGUUCACAUCCUUACGUCUGCGUUGAACCGAAGGUGGGAGAAAAACAUUCUUUCAUUCUGUUUGGACUCCCUGUUUACAGAAGAGAGAUGGAGAUACUAUUAAGCACAAAAAGGAUCAACAUAUGUCUGCUUUUCUUUGUAUUAAAUUUGGCAGCAGGUAUUGAAAUACCAUUAUCAGUUGCACAGGUUCCAACAAUUACAGAGCAAUCCAUGACCCAAGUUGCAUACCCUUUUGAUGAAGACUUUACAAUUAAAUGUGAAGCUAAAGGAAAUCCACAACCCAUUUUUAAUUGGACUAAAGAUGAGAAACCAUUCGAUCUACUAUCCGAUCCCAGGAUAAUUGCAUCCAAUAAUUCAGGAACAUUUGUGAUCCAAAAUCAGGGGAUCAUAGCUGAUUUUCAAGGGAAAUAUCGUUGUUAUGCUUCAAAUGAACUGGGAACUGCCAUGUCAGAAGAAAUUGAAAUAAUAGUUCCAAGUGUACCAAAAUUCCCAAAAGAAAAGAUUGAGCCAAUUGAGGUCGAGUAUGGUGAUGCUGUGGUUUUGCACUGUAAUCCUCCCAGAGGAAUUCCACCUUUGCAUAUCUAUUGGAUGAAUAUUGAUUUACAACACAUUCCACAAGAUGAAAGGGUCUCCAUGAGCCUUAAGGGAGAUCUGUACUUUGCAAAUGUGGAAGAAAAUGACAGUCGAAGCGAUUAUUGUUGCUUUGCAGCAUUUCCCAGGCUGCGGACAAUUGUACAGAAAAUGCCAAUGACACUGAUGGUUACACGUAUUAAACAUACUAAUGACUCAAGCUCACCUAAUGCUGCUGUUACUAAGGCUAAUUUCAUCAAGGAAAGAAAACCCAAAAUACUGAUACCACCCGAAUCUUCUGGUAGCAGCUCAUCAGUUACUGUCAUCAAAGGGGGAGUUCUACUGCUUGAAUGCAUUGCUGAAGGGCUCCCAACUCCGCAUCUUAACUGGAUCAAGGUUGGUAGAGAUUUGCCCAAGGACAGAGCAGUGACAGAAAGUUUUGGAAAGAUUUUGAAGAUAGAACAAGUAUCUGCAGCAGAUGAAGGCACUUAUGAGUGCACAGCAAGCAAUUCUGUGGGGAGAGCGAAACAUGAGUUUCAAGUUCACGUGGAAGGCAGGCAACCAGAGAGGAAGAACAGCCUUUCAGAACCUCCUCGGUGGAUAAAGAAACCCACAAGUGAUGUUUACAGCAUAGAUUCAACUGCUUUGCUAUUGUGUGAAGCUACUGGCAAGCCUGAGCCAACUAUAAAGUGGAGACUUAAUGGAAUGCCUAUUGAUAAAAGGACUUAUAGGGGCAGAGUCUCUGCCGGGGAGAUCAGCAUUACCAAGCUACAACUGCAGGACAGCGCAGUGUAUCAGUGUGAGGCAACUAACAAGCAUGGCACCAUCCUUGCCACUGCCAAUGUGAAUGUUUUAAAUAUUGCUCCAUUAGUGCUAACCUCAGACAGUGAAGACUAUGCCACAGUUGUUGGUUACAAUGCUUUCUUGCACUGUCAAGUUUUUGCUUCACCUCCCGCUGUCAUUAGUUGGAUGAGGGAUGACAGCAUCAAGCCACUUGAAGGUCUGCGGUACACUGUAUAUGAAAAUGGCACCUUGGAGAUCAGAGAGACAAAGAAAGAAGAUUCUGGGUCGUACACUUGUUGGGUGACAAAUUUGGGUGGAAGACGUGCAAUCAUUGCCAAUCUGGGUAUCAGAGAUGCUACAAAACUUGUUGUUACUCCUGAAAACCCUCAAGUGUUGAAAUCACAUUCAGUUUUAUUGAAAUGUCAGUCUGAAUAUGACUCACACUUGAAACAAAGUUUUAAAUUAUCCUGGAGGAAAGAUGGAGAUGAGUUGCAAAUCAAAAGCACAGAAGAUGGCAGGAUAAUUACUGAAAUGGAUACAUUGUUCAUAUCAAGUGUGACAUUCGAGGAUCAAGGCGUUUACACCUGUGUGGCUAGUACGUCCCUGGACAGUGUUACAGCUGAAUCCCAAUUAAUUGUCCUUGAUGUUCCUGACCCACCAGAAGAGCUGCUUCUCUCAGAAAAACAGAACAGAAGUGUUAGAUUAUCCUGGAAAGCAGGAGACAGUCACAACAGUCCCAUUUAUGAGUCCAUUGUAGAAUUUGAAGCGAAUCGUUGGGAGCCUGGGAAGUGGCAGGAACUCACAAGAAUCCCAGGGAACAACACAACCGUUGUUUUAUCAUUGGCUCCUUAUAUAAGUUACCAGUUCCGUGUUACAUCCGUUAAUGGUGUUGGAAGAAGCAAGGCUAGCGCAUCAUCAACACGCUAUGCAACACCUCCCACUGCUCCAGACAAGAACCCAGAAAACAUCCGAGUCGAAGCUUCUGAACCAAAUGAAAUGGUUAUGAAAUGGGAGCCAUUGAAACCCAUGGAGCAAAAUGGACCAGGACUGGAGUACAAAGUCAGCUGGCGGCAGCAGGGUGUAGAGACAGACUGGAAUGAGGAAACCGUGAAAAAACAUUCCUUGACAUUGAGGAAUACUCCUACCUUUGUGCCUUAUGAUAUCAAAGUCCAAGCUAUAAACAAUUUUGGAUCUGGUCCUGAACCAAAUGUUACCACUGGAUAUUCAGGAGAGGACAUUCCAGAUGCUGCUCCUUCAAGUGUAAUGGUGGAAGUGAUGAAUAGUACACUAGUUAAAGCGAUCUGGUCCGGCAUUCCAAGAGACCGCGUUCGUGGACACUUAAAAGGAUAUAAGGUCAUUUGGUGGAAAACAAGGAGUUUGCUGGAUGGAAAACAACAUCGCCCAGACAAACACUUCCUAACAUUCACAGGAGACAGAAACUAUGGCAUGAUUCCUGGUCUAGAGCCAUUCAGUGAAUUUCACUUAACCGUUUUGGCUUACAAUGCAAAAGGAGCUGGACCUGAAAGCUCUCCAACCAUAUUCCAAACUCCAGAAGGAGUCCCUGAACAGCCACAUUUUCUAAGAAUACUAAACUUUGAUAAGGAUUCUGUCACUUUGUCAUGGGGUCUUCCCAGAAAACCAAAUGGCUUCCUUACUGGCUACAUUUUGCAAUAUCAAAUAAUAAAUGAGACAGAUGAGAUUGGAGCACUGAAUGACGUCAAUAUUACAAACCCUUCGACUUUCAGCUGGAGGUUUUCAAAUCUGAGCUCCAGCACCAAGUAUAAAUUCUAUGUGAGGGCCUGUACUAUAAAAGGCUGUGGGAAACCAAUCACAGAAGAAGGACUAACAAUAACAGAAGGGAGUAAAGGGAUCGGGAAGAUUUCAGAAGCAGUAAAUCCCACCCAAAAGUUUCACCCCAUUGAGGCACUUGAGCCCGGAACUGAAUAUACAGUUCGUCUAGUGACUAAGAAUUGGGUUGAUAACAAUAGCAUUUUUGAAGAUGUAAUUGAGACGAGGGAGAGAGCUUAUGCCGGCAUUUAUGAGGGAAUUUCCACCCAAGGCUGGUUUAUUGGACUGAUGUGUGCCAUCGCUUUGCUUACCUUAGUGCUGCUAACGAUGUGCUUUGUCAAAAGAAAUAAAGGAGGAAAAUACUCAGUGAAAGAAAAGGAGGAUUUGCAUCCAGAUCCUGAAGCUCAAUCAAUUAAAGAUGAGAUCUUUGGGGAAUAUAGUGACAGCGAUGAGAAGCCACUCAAAGGCAGCCUCCAGUCACUUAACGGGGACAUUAAAGCUACGGAAAGUGCUGAUAGUUUGGUAGAUUAUGGAGAAGGGGACCAAGGGAUGUUUAAUGAAGACGGUUCAUUUAUUGGCGCUUAUGCUGGAUCUAAGGAAAAAGCAUCAGUCGAAAGCACUGGAAGUUCUACAGCAACAUUUCCUCUCCGUGCAUAAAAUAUUAAUGUAAAUGAUUAAUUUCAAAUUUCCAUAUUUAUCUUGACUAGUAAUCAACUAUUACCAUAGGUGAUCAGAUGUAGGUUGCAGAAUGAAUCAGUCAGGACUCCAACCUCCAGGUAAUAUGGGAAUUAGUCGCUGCUAUCAAAAGAUGAUUUUUGAGACUGUUGAAUCCUGAUUGUUCAGGUGUUUUCAUUCUUAAAGAACAGGUGAAUAAUACUCUCACAUUCAAUAUAUACCACUCAGUCUGACCAAAACCGUAGCUUCUCAGUGUUACAUAUGUAUAUAGUUACUUGCUACCCUACGUGUUUCUCUAUAUAACUUUCUCUUUCAUGUAUGCUUUGUCACUUUGUAUAUACAUUUACAUCCAGUAUUCCCUAAUAUAUAGUGACCUUAACAUUGUGGAGGUCCGAAGGUAGUGGGGGUGGGAGAAGGGAGAUUACUUUAAAAAUUAACGCCAAGAAAAAAAUAAUUGAAAACACUAUAGAAAUACAUUCCAUAUAUUAUUUAAUGUUCAUGAAGAAAAAGAAAGUCUGUGUAAGUAAUUCUAGAAUUAAUGGUUAGAGCUGAUUGCAAUUACUUAGAGAAACAGCUUUAUCCAAAAAUAAUUUGAUCUUAAACUUGCUCUCAAAAGAAACAGGUUCCGA